AUGGCCGCGAAGAAGGCGGCGAAGGACGCGCAGAGAGCCGCGCUGGCGGCGUCCAGCGAAGAAGGCGCCGCCGCGGUCGCCGCGGAGGAAGCGCGCAAGGCGAAGCAGCGCCAAGCGGCGAAGGAUCGGUCGCUGUCCAACAGCAACCCGCUGCUCGCGAAAGCCGCGAAGAAGGCAGGGAGGUGA